AUGACGAACAUGAAUCUCCUGUAUCUGGGCGGUAAAGGCCUGGCUCUUCUGGAUUUCACGUACCUUGGACGCUUCUGGACGAGUUACGAGGUGGUUCUUCUUCUGCGCAAAAUUCAGAACGGCCGCAUCGUGCCCUUCGCCAACCACGCCGAGGUUGACAAGCGCGCCACGCUUAUUGAAUACGGGGCUGCUGAAGGUUCGAACGGGCUUGUGACCAAGGCCUUCAGAGAAACUUGGGGCAGCCUUUCCAUCCCUGACGCAGUCACUAAGCUCGCCAAGGAUGACGUGACGGUGACGACUGCAACGACAAGACCACGCUGCUACCGCUACUCGUGUCGCUCGACGACCGCAUUUUCGGCAUAUGGGCUACUCGCAGCAGCGGCCCUGCGCUUCGCCAGGAGGCGGCAGCGGUUAGUGACAGCCGUUGAGAAUUCAAAUAGGGCCCUGAAGGCUGUGGUCGAACAAGACCUGUGCUAG